AUAGUAUAUUGUAUUAUAGUAGUUUGUUUAUAUUAUAUCUGCUGCUUAAACUUUCUUUCUUUACUGUUGUACAACAAUAUAAUGGUACAUUAACGUUGCAAAGCAAUCUACACUUAUAGAUUUUUUUUUCUCUUAUGAAAAUGGAUGACAAUGAUUUGGAAGUACUUGAUUGUCCUGAAACUCCUCGUGAAACACCAGAGCCAUCUGAACGGACAUCAAAUAUUGCUGUAGACUUGGCUUUGAGCCCAGCCAGUGGGUUGGGCAGUCGUAGACCGUCAAUUGAUGGUAUGUCCAGCACGUGUACAUCACAGUCAGAAGUACGCUCAUUCAAAGAUCGACUCAGAGAACAUGUUAACCAAGUCAAGGAAAGAGCCUCCAACACUGUAGUAGUUGAACAAACUAAGACUAAGGUUCAACAAAGUGUUAAACAGCCUGCUGAACGUUUAGCCCAAUUGAUGAGUUCAGAAAAUCGGGCAGUUGCAGCAGCUUUAGAGAAACACGAAAAAGAUAAGAUUAGUAAAAAUGUGGCCAUAAACAAUGUGCAAGAGGUAGACAAUGAAAUUGAGAGUUAUAAUUUUUUCACCAAAGUAUGGGACCCUCCUUCUAAACCUGAUGAAAUCCAUGAGAAAUCAGUUGAAUCUAGUGAUGCAGAAGUUGGGUUUUCUAAUGAAGAAGAUAAAAAAUUGGUCACAGAAGAUUAUUUAGGACUGACAGAUGGAGAUGAUGUUGAUGUUUUAGAUCAUUCAUURGUACCAUUUUUGAGUACAUCUAUAAAAAUAAAAGAAGCUGCUAAAAAUAUUUAUUUUAUUCCAGAUGGAUCUCCAG